GUCCAAUGCGAUUGUUUUUUUUUUCUUCGCCUGUGCUUUAUGCGGGGCGAAAAUCGCAACGAAAAAGGAUGGAUGGGUCGGAAAUGCUACAUUCACUUCGCGUAGUGGGAAUUCAGAAGCAAAUUCGAAAUUUUCGGUAUUGUGAAUCAGUCUCGUGAGUACUACGUAAUAGAUCACCUUCCCGUCUUCUCAGGUUAAAACCUGUUCGUGUUCUCUAGAACGUCAAAAGAAAGAAACUCCUGGAGACAAUUAUUUGACUCUCUGAGGGACGAAGAAGGUAACUUUCGUAGAGUAGAUUAGAAAAAAUCUUGAAAUAAUCUAUGGAAGUCUUUGUGAGAGUGACCGAGAGCGAGAUAAGCCUGGACAUGCUUGACGCAUUCUGCACCCUUUUCAAUCAUGAAAGUCCUUGCAGUUAUAUAGUUCCUGUUCCAGAAAACUUCAGGUGAAAAGGAUUUAUUUAUUCAAAUGGCAACACAAUCAAGGUACACUCGAAACUUGGUAGAUGAAGGAAAUGGCAAAUUUAACGUGAUCGUAUUGUGCUGGGGAGAAGGUCAAGGAAGUUCUAUCCAUGAUCAUGCUGAUGCCCACUGCUUCCUAAAAGUGUUAGAUGGAAGAUUGAAAGAAACUCAAUUUGCAUGGCCAUCAGAAUCUGAGCCAGAAAAGUCUUUGGAACCAACAGGAUCAAGAUUAUAUAAGACAAAUGAAGUUAACUACAUCAAUGAUAGCAUAGGUCUUCAUCGUGUGGAGAAUGUCAGCCAUUCUGACACUGCAGCAUCACUUCAUGUGUACAUUCCAGCAUUUGACAUGUGCCAGUCCUUUGACCAGCGCACAGGGCACAAGCGAAAAUGUCAAGUGACGUUCUGCAGCAAAUAUGGCCAGAGAACACCUUAUAAACCAAGGUCAUGUACGAAGUAAUGCUGGGUCCAAAUAAACCAUGAUGCAUAAGAGGAAUAUUUUUACAAGAAGUAUUCUAAUUUAAUACUUAAACUGUUUAUUAUUAAAUUGCACAGAAUAUUGGAUUUAUAAAGUGUAAGAAACGGUAUUGUGUUAUAUUAAAAUAUAUCAAUGCGUUUUCAAGAAAGGUAGUAUCAUGCUAUAAGCAAGCAGUUAAAAGGGUUGGGGAUUGGAUUAUUUGA